GCGCUGGGGGUGGUGAUGGUGCUGCUGCUGGUGAUCCUGAUCCCGGUGCUGGUCAGCUCGGCCGGCACCUCGGCGCACUACGAGAUGCUGGGCACCUGCCGCAUGGUCUGCGACCCCUACGGCGGCACCAAGGCGCCCAGCACGGCGGCCACGCCCGACCGCGGCCUCAUGCAGUCCCUGCCCACCUUCAUCCAGGGGCCCAAGGGGGAGGCCGGCCGGCCGGGCAAAGCGGGGCCCCGCGGCCCGCCGGGGGAGCCGGGGCCGCCCGGCCCGGUGGGGCCGCCGGGUGAGAAGGGCGAGCCGGGCCGGCAGGGCCUGCCGGGCCCUCCCGGGGCGCCGGGGCUGAACGCGGCGGGGGCCAUCAGCGCCGCCACCUACAGCACCGUCCCCAAGAUCGCCUUCUACGCCGGCCUCAAGCGGCAGCACGAGGGCUACGAGGUGCUCAAGUUCGACGACGUGGUCACCAACCUGGGCAACCACUACGACCCCACCACCGGCAAGUUCACCUGCUCCAUCCCCGGCAUCUACUUCUUCACCUACCAUGUGCUCAUGCGGGGCGGCGACGGCACCAGCAUGUGGGCCGAUCUCUGCAAGAACAACCAGGUUCGAGCUAGUGCAAUUGCUCAGGAUGCUGAUCAGAACUACGACUAUGCCAGUAACAGCGUGGUUCUUCAUUUGGAGCCAGGAGAUGAAGUUUACAUUAAAUUAGAUGGAGGAAAAGCACACGGAGGAAACAACAACAAAUACAGCACAUUUUCUGGAUUUAUUAUUUAUGCUGACUGAUAAUGAGUAAAGAGACCCACCAAACCAGUCCAAAAAUGAAGCUAGCUCUUCUAAGCAAUGGAUUUGCGUGGCAGAAGUCAGUGAAACAAGCACCCCCGCAGAGAGCGACCACCGAGCACCUCAGCAGUGGGGAAAAAAGUCCAAUGCUACCUGAUUCACAUCUGUCCAACACAGAGAAACCUUAUGUUAAAAAAUUACAAAACAAGUUAAACAGAUGUGUGAUCCACUACCGCCAAAGCAAAUACUUCCUCAUUGUUAGUGUCCAUGUGAAUAAAGUCCUUCAUAGAUGAAAUUUUUAUAGAAAAAAAAUCACACCUAAGGAUGCUGAGUUAUUUCUUCAGUGUAUAUGAUACUUUGAUGUGUUAUGAUCUUGCUGCUUUAUCCAUACUUCAGCUUUGGUUCUUGUGACUUACUUGCUAACAAUGAUGCUUGGAGUCCACUCAUAGUGUGGGGAGGAAUGUUUUUACAAUAAAAGGAAGAAGUAAUCAAAA